UACCUCGUAUUGUAAUAUUUAAAUUCUAAAUUUCAUUUUAUGCACGCGUUUAUUUCUCUUUUAUUCUGUUUUUUAGGCACACACCUUUAAUAUGGGAUAUAAUCGUGUUUAUUCCUAUAUUGUAUGUAUACACUUUAUUAUUGAAACAAAACAAAACAAAAAUCAUAAAGGGGCUGGCUGUAAUGCGCGGUACAUGGAUUCUAUUCAGUACUUGAAAUUCCAGUUUGAUGACUAUAUUUGUUAGUACGUAUCCCCCCCAAACAUCGAGACGCGCGCGCGGCCUUGUCAUUGUGGAGUAGGUCGGGCCAGUCCGUAUCCGGGUCCUGUGCUUCGUUGUCAAGGCAGCCAGUUGGCGCGCACGGCGGGAGCUAACCGACCGUGGAGCGAGUCUUACGCGGGCGGACCGAGUCCCACGCGGGCGGACCGAGUCCUACGCGGGCGGAUCGAGUCCUACGCGGGCGGAUCGAGUCCUACGCAGGCUGUUCUCACAUCAUCACGGAGAAAAAGAAAACGAAAAAAUCCUCAGCCCGCCGGCACUAAAGUAACUCGUUGAUAAGCACAGGUCCUGACGGCAGAACCCGUGAAGGACUCGGCGGGACGCCAUCUUGUCGCUUGACAGCAGCAUGCCCACGGUCGAGACGGAAGACGACUCGGAGGCUCCCGAGUCGGACGGCGCCGCCGCCGCCGCCACCCCGUCGACUACCGCUUCGUCCGCUCGCUCGGCUAAAAGCACUCGGACGGUCGGGACGAUGACCGACGGCGGCCGGACGCCGCAUUCUGCGCGGGUCAUAAGCGAGCGCAGUUCGACAACGGAGAGUGAGAGCGAGGAGGCUCGAGUGGCCCGUCGCCGGGAACGCUGGAGGCUGAAAAAGCGAGAGCAGCGGGCCAAGAUGGCGGCGAGGCUCAGCGAAACCCAGGAGAAGGUCACACCGGUGAUAACCGCGUCCGCUCGCUUCCUUUUUCCUCACGCCGACCGAGGUGGGCGAGCCCAAACGCAGACCUUGCGCAAGUGCACACAAAUAGCCAAGGAACGGCCUCCGAAGGGCGCGCCGCCGCCAAGCCUCCCUCGGCGGAGAUCCUCGCAAGCGCAAAGACGGCAGAAAGUCAAAUGCCUGUCCGUGCCUUCGCCGCCGCUGACAAGGAGGAGCGUCCCUCCGACGGACGCUGCCGGUGACGCUCUGGAGCGGAGCGUCGCCAAACAGAGAGAGUACUGGCGGAUUAAAAAGCGGGAGCAGCGGGCCAAGAUGUCGUUGGUGGCCAAGGUCCGGCUCAAGGAGAAGGACUCCCUGAUGCGGCGAGUCCGACGUUACCGCAACAUUGUGAAGGAGAUGAGGCGGGCCCGGCCGGGCGGCAGCUUCAUUAAAGGAGACGGCGCGCUGCCCGCGGCGGGCAUUCCCCGGACCACGCCGUCCCUCGGCGGCCACGCGGUCCCCGCCGGAGCGCCCGCCCGAAGCUCAGAGCCACCGCCACCCCGGUCUUGCAGUCACCUCACGCGUCCUCAGAGCCAGCGCAAGGCCGUCUUUCCGGCCGCGGCCGCACGGGUCGCUCGGCCCGCCUGCGUCAGGAAGAUGCUCCUUUCGGAUCAAUCGCUGAGGGAAGCCGAGCGCUUGGCGAAGAAACGAGAGUACUGGAGGGUGACGAAGCGGCAGCAGCGGGCGGCCCGCCUGAGGCGAGAGGGGGCUCGGCUCGGCCCGCCGCUCCAAAGGAAGCAGGGCCCGAGGCCGGUGUCGGAAGCGCCCGUGUUGAACGUCAUCAAACGGGAGCCCGGCCUUAGUCCCGCCUCGGAACAAGGCGUCGCUCCAGAUGUCAAGCCUCCGCUUCUGGAGCCCGAGCCUGACCCGGCUUCGCCUGCCGACUGCCCGGCGGCGACCACUUUGCUGGCGGUGGCUUCCAUGAAGAAGCUUCUGGAGGAGUCUCUGAGCACGGCGAACGAGGUCCGAGACCAAGAGCCCGGCGUUGGCGCCAAGGUGAAAGCGGAACCCGAGCGCUCGGAGCCCGACAGGACGGAGGUCGCUCUGGUUGUGCGAGCUCGGUACCCCGAUGGCGUCCCCCAGCCUUGCCCGAGUGCAGACGGGAGCCUGCAGAAGAAGCGUGAGUACUGGAAGCUGAUGAAGAGGCAGCAGAGGGCCCGGCAGAAGGAGAGCCAGCGCAAGGUCGGCGCUGGUCAUGGCCGUGGUGCUGGCUUAGCGAGCAAGCAGGCCGCGGCUCUGGCCCCGGUAAACGUCGCAAAGACGCCAGCGAGGGUUUCCGCCGCGCUGCUCCGAGCGCCCGGCAACGGACGCCCCGCAGCAGAGUCCGCUCUCCCCACUCUGAGACCCCCGCAAAACCCGCUUUCCGGGCUCACCCUGCUGCUCCCCGUCCGGCCUCCCGCUCCUCUGAAACGCUUGCGGCCGCCCGGCGCGGGCCCUCCCAAGCGCCGCCCGGAGGAGUCCGAGGAGGACUUUGUGAACCGCCAGCGCGAGUACUGGAGGAUCAAAAAGAAGGAGCAGAGAGCCAGGAAGUGUGUGGCUGACAAGGGCGUCGCCCGCGGGAGGACCUGCACGCCGCCCGCUCGCAAGCUCCAGGGUUUUUGUCAGCGUGCCAUGCCCGACGAGCCUUUGAGUGACGCGGAAGGACUUCUCGUCAGCAAUCGGGCGGACGCCGGGACUUGCUCUCACGCCGCCGCCGCCGCCGCACCACCGCCGCAAGGUGAGUUACUCGGGACGGCCGAGCGCCCCACCGGCGAGGAAGGUCCCGUGUCGGAGGCCACGUGGAGGAACACCUACCUGAUGGACUACGAGCCGCUGGACCGGCUGCUGGUGUGCGUGGCGUGCGGUGAGCUGCAGCACUCUCACAGCCUGGAGGGCGUGCUGGCGCACAUCCAGGAGGCCCACCCGCACACGCGGGCCCUGGAGCCCGCACAGCGCCGCCGCAUCCUGGAGGCCUGGGACGAGCAGGUGUCCCGGCGCGAGCGCUUCUUCACCAGCCAGCUCCAGCGGCGCCACGCGGCCCUGGCAGGUAGAGACUCACAGGAACUGACGUGUGGGAUAAAAGCAACUUCUCCAAAAGACAUCUUCAGGUAUUCAUGUCCGGUGAUCCCGCCAAGCCACGGACGGGCAAAGUCGCCAAUGUGAUUUUGGAGCCAAAGGAGAGCGUGAGAGGGAGAGAGAUUGGCUCUUUCAAUUCAGGAGCAUGGUGACAGCACAAAGUUUUCAGCAUCUGGCAGGCCAGAAAGCAUUUGCGUUGCGUGGACGUGUGCACACCGGCCCACCGCAAGCUUUCCAAUGGAUUUGGCACGUGCCAACUGAUGCCUUUUCUUCUGCAAUUAAAUGCUCUUUUUUGUCA